CUCUCCGGUAUCAUCUCAGGGAGAAGACGACAUGAAGCUGCUGCUGCUGCUGCUCUGCUUCGGGACGCUUCGCGUGGGUUCUGGGCUUCGCUGCUAUAAGUGCCAGGAUUACACCGGACGCUGCCAGGACGUCCAGGAGUGCACGUAUGAGGACUCGUGCAUCUCUCUGAGUGAGAGAGGUGGGAAGACCAUCCGUCAGUGCAUCAGGUACACGGACUGCGAUAACUCCCGCCUCAGCCAGAUGUUCCCGGCCAUCUCCGCCUUCACGUACCGAUGCUGCAGCAGCAACCUGUGCAACUCCGGCACCGCUUGCACCGCGGUCACGCCCCUGGUGGCUCUGCUGGGGUCUCUGCUGAGUGUCUGGUGGUGCUGGAUGUGAAGCAGCAUGUCAGUGUUUCAGCCACAGAUUGUAUAAAGUCGAUGGAUGUCUGAACAGCUAAAGUCCUUCAACCUGCUCUUUCUAAUGACCAGCAGGGGGCGCCUCCUCUGGUCCGGAGAAAAUGAGCGUCCUGCUCAGCCGAUCUCAGCUCAGUAAACUCGCUAAUGGUCUCUGUCGCAGGUUCAGGUCUAAAACUUUCUAAAAUAAAACACGAACUUGGUCCUGUUAGAGUCGCAGAGGAGCAGGAGGAGUUUCUGUGACUGAACCGUCACAAACAGGCCCUCACUAACCAGCAGGUGACGUCACUCCAGCGACAUCCAUCUUUUAUAUACAGCCUAUGAUUUCAUCUUUCAAAGCUAACACGAACUAAAGCAAAUGUAAAAAAAUAAAAACAGCUUUUUCACCUUGUCAGCUGAUUUCUCACUUCUUAUUCUGCAAAUUGAACAAUAAAUACGAGAGAAAAAAAUAUUUAAAAAA